ACAACACAACAAAAACCAUGGCCGAUGGUAAACAAGAAAAACUGAAAUCGCCGGCUAAAUUUUCUGACGCAGUCAGUGAGGAGCUCAUUAUUUCCUAUCGGAAUGUGGUCAAGUCUUACUACGAAAAGCACCUUUACAAAUCGGCGGCUUUUUGGGCUGACAAGAUUAUGUGCAUUACAAACGACCCGCACGAUAUUUAUUGGAAUGCGCAGUGUCUGUACCAUUUCAAAGAAUUUCAGAGAGCGGCUCACAUCAUAAUAAGUCGAAAUCUACACAAGUCCAUCCCACAAUGUCAGUAUGUAGCUGCAAAAAGCCUGUUUGAGGCCAAGGAGUACAAUGAGUCUUUAUCAAUUUUGGAAGGACUUGAGUUUGAUUACACUUUGGCAGGAGAAAAAUCCUUUCAAAAUGAAACAGCUAAACAUUUCAACUCAGUGGCUGAGUGUGUUGAGGUAAUACCAGCUUUUAAAGUAAAAUUUAUUCUUCACAUUGAAAAUUUCCAGCUGCAAAGCUCCGUCUUGCUUCUAAAAGCCCAAGUUUUACAAGCUAACGGAAACCGAAUUCGAGCUUCUGAGUGUUAUCGUGAUGCCCUUUUGGCAGACAUCAGGUGCCACGAGUCCUUUGACGCCCUCAUCAGACUGCAAAUGCUCUCUUCUGUUGAAGAACAAGAGUUGAUGGAAAGACUGGAGUCGCAGAUGGCAGCCCAAUGUUCUGAGGAGGAAGCAAAAAUGCUGCGACUUCUUUACAGAGGGCAGCUGAAAAAAUACGACAAGCCAAGAAAGGUUCCCGACAGUGACCCCAAGAUUGAAGUGGACCACAGCAAAACUGCUGACGUCCGAUAUUUGGAAAGUAGUGACCCUCGUUUCCAACUGUCCAAAAGUCUCGACUGCAGAGCGUGGCAAGCCGAGAGGCUCUAUUACAACUGUGACUAUCACCAGUGUUUGGAUGUCACAAACAAUAUACUAAAAACAGAUCCGUACCAUCCAGGUUGUCUUCCUGUCCACAUUGGGUGCUUGGUUCAGUUCAACAAAGCAAAUGAUUUAUUCCAAUUAGCGCACAGGCUUGUAAAAUUAUACCCAGAAGAGGCAAUAUCGUGGUAUGCGGUAGGCUGCUACUAUUUUGUAAUUGGUAAAAGUGAUCCUGCCAGGCGAUACUUGAGCAAAGCCACUAUGAUUGACCAACUGUUUGGGCCAGCCUGGCUUGCCUAUGGUCAUUCUUUUGCGUCUGAAAAUGAGCACGACCAAGCAAUGGCUGCAUACUUCCGCGCAUCUCAACUUAUGAAAGGAUGCCAUCUUCCUUUACUAUAUGUUGGCUUGGAAUGUGGCUUGACAAACAACAUAGAGUUGGCGGAUAAGUUUUUUGUGCAAGCCAGGGACAUAGCGCCGUGUGAUCCUUAUGUUUUGCACGAAAUGGGAGUUACGUCUUUCCACGACGAAGACUACGAAACUGCUAAAAAGUGUUUUGAAGACGCUUUAGCCGAAAUCCAGCAGAGCGAUUCGCGGAGAUUGGAGGAAAAUUGGGAGCCCCUUUUCAACAAUCUGGGUCAUGUUUAUCGGAAGCUGGGGAAACUGCCAGAAGCUCUUCAACUCCACCAACAGGCCUUGUCUUUGCAGCCGUUGAAUGGAUCAACUUACGCAGCCAUCGGAUUGGUGCAGAUGUUGAUGGGGCAUCUGCUCGAAGCUGUUGAGGCGUUCCAUGAAGCUCUGGGUCUGAAACCUGAGGACUCCUUCAGCACCACAAUGCUAGGCUACUCUAUGGAGGCCCUCACUAUGAAUCCCAUUGAUGGAAUAGGGCAACCUUUUGAAGGAGAACCAGUAGAGUUGCCGGCAAUUUUGAGAAGUGCCCACCAACAAGCUUCUCCAUCCGACCCACUCAUGACUCCUCAGCAGCCAACAGAGGACAUAUCGAAUUUGAGCAUCGAGUGCGAAAUGCAGGACACAUCGCCAUAAUUAAAUUAUUGUGAAUAAAAAAAAAA